AUGCAGGACGACCAAAGAAACCCUUCUCAAGCAUUGCUGGCUUUACCUGAGCUUCCUGGCAUCGAUGGUCCCGGUAGUCACGGUGGAGGUGAACAAUGGAAGCUGCUUCAACCAGUCAUUGAGGACUACGGCAUAUCAAGUCUGCUAGGGUACUUCACAGGAGACAACCACGGUUCCAAUGAUGUGCUUUGCCGCCUGAUGAGCAGCUUUCUAGAGAGUCAAGGCAUCGCAUGGAAUGCAAAGCAUCGACGGAUCCGCUGCCAUGGCCAUGUGGUCAAUCUUUGCGUCCAGGCUUUUCUUUUCAUGGACAACAAAGAGGCCGUACUCGAGGCAUGUAGACAGAUUGAGGAGAUGGAUGAAGCGCCGUGCGACUUGGACAUGAUGCAAGGGUGGAAGAAGCGGAAGGAACGUGGCUGGAGCCAACUUGGUCCGCUCGGCAAGGUACAACACUUUCCGUCAGCGCGCAGGAAGGUUCUCGGGCUCGACAACGACACACGCUGGAACUCUUGGUUCCUCCUACUGGAUACUGCUCUUGAAAAGGAGGAACACGUCAAGUGGUAUCAAGACAAAUACUACGAGACACUUGUCAAUGACUAUCUGGCACCUCGAGACUGGCAAGCCCUUCGAGAUAUAAGAAACUUCUUGCAGCCAUUCUGGAGAAUAACACUCCUUACUGAGGGCUAUCGCUCAACACUAGACCGCACGCUCUUCACGAUGGAUGUCCUUCAUAAACACUACCAGCAAGCUUUCGAGAAAUACAAGCUCAAUCAACAACUUCUCGGCCCGGUGCUGACCAGCUGGCACGUUUUCGACAAAUAUUAUCGGCUUUCUGACGAGACCCCGGCAUACGUGAGAAAGCUCUGGGAAGAAGAGUACAUGGAUCUGCCGACAAUUUCUGUCACGCCUUCCAAGGUUUCAGUACUGCAACAGGACGAGUACGACUUACUCGCACAGGAACUCGAUGUCAUAGGCAAGGGACCAGACGCAGACGAGUACGAAGCCUUCACAUCGCAGUCGCCUAUUCAGAUUGACGGUUCACCACUUUCCUGGUGGCAUCGUGAUGAACACCGUGAACGUUUCCCUCGGUUGUCCAAGAUGGCGAUAGACAUACUCUCAAUACCCGCCAUGUCUGCGGACCCAGAGCGCACAUUCUCAGGCGCAAGGCGCACUAUCUCUUGGGAUCGAAUGCUUCUCGGAGCAUCGACAGUCCCGGGGCCGGCUGACCGGUCAUCCGGUAAUCGGAUUACCGCCCCGCCCCGCAAAACCAUGUCGUUUUCGAAGGCCCGGCCUGCGGGCUGGCGUUUUCUUAGUCGGAUUACCGCCAUCGGACGGCAAAAUCGAAGGUCCACGCCCGCGGGGCCUCCGCGAGACCUUCGAUUUCGGUCUCGCUCACGCGCGUUGCGCUCCACCUCCCUCCUCCCACCUCCCUCCACCACCUCCUCCAUUGCCACCGUCGCGACGGCGACCGCCUGCACCAUGUCGAACGCGAUAGAGGAUCCCCGGGUCAGGGCGGCCAUUGAGCACUACCUGUUAGAUCUGGAGAACACCCAGCCGAAGAAUACGAAGCGAAAUUAUCGUCCCAAGCAGGAAGAAUGGAAGGCAAGCCCGCAUGCGCGCCCUGCAAUCUUCAUGAGUGGUGUCAAGCCAACUGGCCUGCGAUCCCGGACGUUUGGCCGGCCUCGGUACCAGGGCCAACAGCUACCGGGAGACCUGGUCGAUGAAGGAAAGCUCUUGCCUUCAUGA